CGAAGCCGUUAUCCGGGCGACACUCGUAUGUUACUCCUGUAGAAUGAAAAUCUUUCUGGAAACUUUAUUCUCGUUCUUUCCAUUUAUUUUGUUCAAUGCUUUUGCUCUUGAAGUGGACCCAGAUAACCCCUGCUACGAUGUGACUUGGUCGUAUUCAUCUGUUUCUGGCAAGUGUUACAAAGCCGGAAGUCGAUCCGAUAUGUUGUCGUGGGACGAUGCUCAACAGGCAUGUGAGCAUUUACUGGUCCCGAAGUCCUUUGUAAACGUUCAUCUGUUGGAGCUCAACACUGGAAGAGCAGAGAUGAUCGCCGCGGCCAAACUAAUGCUUACCGCUGGUUUUUUGGCCCAAGUUUGGACAGGGGCGAGAAGACUGCCCGGUUCGAGUGAUUUCGUUUGGACAAGUCGCAAUGAAACAGCCAACUUCAACUACAUUGCAUGGUCCGGAGGGGCGGGACCUGGCGGUUGUAUUGCAUUCAAAUUUCGCACUGAAUAUUCGACCAUUUCGUCUAGGUGGAACAUGACAUUUGAGGUGGAAAACAUUGAUUGCUCACAACCAAAUUCAUACUACUGUGAACAUGAAGUUCCACGAUGCAUAGAUCCACCUGGAAAUUUCAACACCAGCACCAUGUUUUUCGCACCUCAACAACCAUUCCCGGGAGCUAGAGUGACUGCAGUUUGUCAACCAGGGAAAUUUAUCUCCCACGCAGUUGAUGCCGAAUUCGUCAAUGGGCCGUUGGUGAAUCAAAGCCUGACCCGAGGUACCUACUACUGCACGGGCAAACGAGCCUCUUCGGGUGCUGCGGAUCCACUGAAAUUCACAACACUAUUUCAAUACUCUGGUUACAAUAUGUCCGAAUGCCAAACCAUACGAUGCCUCCUUUAUCCACAUUUGUUGGAACACGUAGUCAAGAAACCCAUACCAGAUGCGGGAAAAGAAUAUAUUAUCCGAAAUUACGAGGACGUGGUUCCACUUGAGUGCGUUCAGGGUUACGUGAAUUACGAGAACCAGAGUACUAGAAAGACGAGUAUGGUGUGUAGACAAGAUGAUCUCAGUCUGGCGAAAGGCAUUUGGCAACCGGCUAAUUAUCAGGCUUGCGUUGCUGUCAGAUGCAGUGCAGCUGAACUACAAGAUAUGAAACCGCAUAAUGGCGUACUCUCUAGCGCACGCAACCAUCAAUCGGAGAAGACGUACGGGUCGCAACAGAUCAACGAAUUCAAUCAAUACGGAAACGUAAUCUCAAUUCGAUGUAGUCCUGGUUUCUUGUACCCUGACCGCUCGACAGAAAAACAAGUCCUCUGUUCACUGGCAAAUAAUACAUUCGACAGGGGUCAAUAUUACGGGUAUCUCGGGACGGUGCUGCCCAUUCCGUCGAGCUGCGUAGCCACUACCUGUGUAUAUGAGGAGGCAAUGAUCCAGGAAGCAUACAGAAUGGAGCCUUACUUCUUGGUUAACAACGCCACGGAUACAUGGAAAAACCUGACUAAACAUGAUGGACUGGUUUACGCACUGCACGCGGAACUGCGCUUCUUCUGUGCCAAAGGUUAUGAAUCGGUCAGCCAACAGAAUAACUUCAGCAUCGGAUGCGGUCUGACUGGGAAGUGGAUUCCACAAAUGACUGGGUGCAUUGAGAAAGUGAAAGAAAUUCCGCUUAAAGUUGAUGGGAGAUUCGACUCAGAGAAAACAGAGGCCGAAUCUGCUAAACAAAUAUCCUCCAUAAUGUUCAUUGUUACUGUCGUUUUCCUUGUGUUUAUUCUGUUGUUGGAUUUGACCACUGCUCCCCGGGAUGUCAAAUUUCUGUCAAAAAAUAUCAAAUUACAAAAGAAACGCUACAGAUCCCUGAAGCAGCGCUCCAUGACACAUCAAUAAUUUGUGGGUAAUUUAUUGGCGCAUAUACGAACCCAUUGCAAAUCAAGCCUUCUACUUGAACCAACGUGACGCUCUAAUUGGAUACAUUUGUUAGACAAUCACACUAAACGGAUAUUUUUCACUCCCACAACAACCCCCUUAUGAUUUCCUCGCCAUUGUUUUUAUGUACCCCUGUGAAUUUAACACCGCGUUAGUAGACAAGUCAAUAGCAUUUACUUUCACUCAUAAUUUUGAUGGUAUUUUGCUUCUACAUUUUUCGUCUUCAGUGAGUUACUUUCAGGUUGCAAUCUGUUUUCUAAACCCACGAUUCAAUAAAGUAACGUUUCGU